GCUAUGGGCAUGGGUGUCAACUUACUCUCAGCAAAUACUCACAAUGUCAGCCAGGCAAUGACAGGCAGCGGGCUCUUCACGCCGCAGGGACCCACCACCUACCAUUACGACAGUGAGACUGAGGAGGGACGUCUCCUGCUGGCAGAGCUGAGCGCACAUCCCCGGCUUUCCCCCACCUUCCCCCCUGCUAUCAAUUGGAGCUCAUAUGCUACAAGCAUCAAGAAAUUUCCAGGAGAGAAAGAUGCCUUUUUGGGAGCUGUCCGGCGGGAUAUAUUCACUUUCAGUGAACUCAGGCAGAAAUCUGGGAAUUACACGGUUUGCCAAGGAGACCUCUGCUGUCAUUUGAUGUAUCAGAUGUCAAACAAGAGCAAAGAAGAAGUUUAUGUCCUGGGUGCAUUUGAUGGGCUUCAUGGUUCUGUCAUAAAAUACUAUUGGCAGAUAUGCACGCUACUCAAGUGCAAGAGCACAGACCCAAACACGUGCGGGCAGCCCGUGGAGAUGGCUCAGACCAGGUUUGAGAUGUUCUCCCUCAGUGGCACGUUUGGCACUAACUACGUCUUUCCAGAAGUCUUGUACAGCGGGGUGCAGCUGGCCCCCGGGGAGUUUGAGGUAGUACAUGACGGUCGUUUGAGAAGUAAGCAUGGCACAUCGAAACCACUCAUUACAGCAACACUUUUUGGAAGGCUUUAUGAAAAGGACCUGCCACAUCCUCUGCGAACCUCCCCCUGA